UGUGAUUCACCGGAAGUGUUUUUUUUCUGUCAACUCAUUUAAAGCUAGCAUGCAAACACAAUGAAGUAAUCAUUAUAUAUAUCACAUAGAAAUGGCUGAAUAGAAUAAAAAAGUUUAUGACAAUAAUUAUUAUUAUUACUCGGUGCUUUUUAGCUAACUAUACAUUAUGGACGAAGAAAACACGUUUAAACAGUGGAAGAAGCAGUGUCUGAACAAGCUGGACUUGAGUAAAAAAGGCAGUAUAGAUGAGCACAUUAGCUCUGUGGUCUGUUUGCUAAACAAUUCCGACAGUUAUUUCACCACAAGUUCAUGUUCUGGAAGAAUCAUCCUGAUUGACGGGCUGGCAGAUUGUGCUGAUGUGCAAAAGCAGAACUGUUCCUGGCUCUUCGUCACUCAUAACAAGUGUACAAAGGAUGAUGUGACGGCUGGUUUGCUGAAAUCUUCUGGGGACGCCGUCUUUAAGUUUGAGCCCUGCGUUCUUCACGUGCAAUGCAAACGGCUAGAGGACGCACAACUCCUGCAUUCUGUGGCUAUAAAUUCAGGGUUCAGGAACUCGGGAGUGACUGUGGGAAAGAAAGGCAAAAUCAUUAUGGCUGUGCGCAGCACCCACUGUCUUGAAGUUCCUCUCAGCCACGAGGGGAAAGUUCUCGUCUCCGAAGAGUAUAUUGCUUUUCUUGUCGGAGUCGCAAAUAAUAAAAUGGACGAAAACCUAAAGAGGAUCGAAAGGUUCUAUGACUGUCUGAGAUCUGCUUUGGAACCCGAGGUGGAUAAAAGGUGCAUCGAGGACGCAGAGUCUGAAGAGAAAGCUGUGUACAGACGGAGGAGGAAGAGAAGAGAAGAGCGGGAUGAAGCAGUAUCAGACUUUAGUGUCAGACAGCAGAGCGAAACUGAGCACAGCGACGAGCUGGAGUGUGGACUGAGUUUAUUCUUUUAGAGCCGUCACGCUGUGUGGCUGGAAUGAGACUCUUCAACCUGAACUGCCUGAUUAUUAUUUUUAUAAAAAAAAAGUGAAUGUCAGUGUUUUGUACAAAAAUGUACAAAUAAAAACUAUUCUCAUAGUA